AACCAUAUCCUCCGAGCAGCAUAACCAGUAGAGCAAUUGAUGAAACUACUAUCUUUGUAAGUUGGAACAGCCCAUCAGAUGGGGGCUACACUGGGUACGAGGUUAAGUACGAACCAUCGAAUGAUUCACCUUCCCGACCAGUACCACGCGAACGCAAUGAGACAACAAUAACAUUAAGCAGACUCAUUCCAGCUACAAAUAUAACUGUUAGAGUCAGAACUGUUGCCAAGGAUGAUAACAUAUCAAAGAUACAAUGCAGCCGUGUUCGUGAAAUAAUACAACUGACAAGUAACUUAUAACAAGUUUCUUAUUUUAAUAAUAUAAUUGCUUUCUCAAAUACUGUACCCGAGUAGAUAUAGUUGAUCUUUGGCAAUCUUGUUCUCAGUCAAGUCUUUAGUAGUUUUUAUCUGAUAAUUAAUAUAAAUUUUCUAGUUGCUAUUUUCCUCAAAGAUUUCUUCCGGGUAUACUAAUAAAGUUCAUUUACAAUAUAAUGAAACAUGUGUCACUUGGUACCCGUUAUGCAAAGAAGAUACAUUUCAAUUUUCAAGAGCCAUUGCCUCCUCGACGCGUGUCGGCCAUUGCUUUCAAUGAUACUGCCAUUCAAGUACAAUGGACGCCAGACACAGCCCCUGUUGGAGGUUAUCAUGGAUACCGGGUCCUCAUUUCACCACCUGAUGAUAACCAAGAACAAAGCUUCAAAGUACCUAAGGAUGGAAACACAUUCACCGUAACUAAAUUAUUCCCUGGAAGGGUGUACAAUAUAAGCGUAAGGUCUAUUUUUGAGACGGAGGAAAGUAGGGAAUUUUAUGCCAAUGAAGGAGUAGGUGUAUUGACAAGUAAGCCCAAGUACUCAUAUAAUAUUUUCUCUUGCUCAUACAUAUACCUUUUUUGUAUUACAUGUACACUUGAACAUAUAAGUACUUUAACCGUAAAAACACUUCAGAGGAUA